GGCCGUACUGCAGUAUCCACAAAACGAGGAGUCGUGCAGCAGGCUGGUGUCCCGGCGCCGUACAGUCCGAUCGUCCCAGCUGCUUCGCCAGUGCCGCAGGGAACGAUGCCAAAUUUUGCCGGACUAAAACCCGGUGCCUUUAACCAGUCCAGCGUCAUGGUGCUGUUGGCAAGAGCGCAAUAUGCCCUCUUUACACUUGGAUGGAACCCCACUGUGGGCGAUUUUGCCCUCUACUGCGCAACCACGAAUGAGCUGGUGUGUACAAAGAAGGAAAUGCUAUGGAAGGCGGCAAUGUGGAUGGAGGAACGUAUAGGUGAGGAUUUCAUUGCGGGCAUUCUGUUUCCCAGUGAUGGCUCCAUUCCUCUAAAGGACGCGGCAGUUCUGUUAAGGGAAAAGUCUCGUAGGCGACUGGUUUUGGCCCCAGAUACUUGGGGCAUUACUUACUUGUCUAUCAAGAGUCAGCAAGAGUUUGUGCGAGGUUUGAAUAUUCCGACCAGUCUGGAGCAUGCCGCCUUUCAUCUCACAGGGAAGGUGUAUAAACCUGUCGUCACAGAUCCAUCGGUGUUUGAUUUUACAACUGGAUCUUAUAUGUCGUCGGAUUGCGCCGAUAAUAUUUCCGCCGCACGCGAUGCUCUUGUUAACUGGUGUGUCCUAUUCAACGUGCACAAACGAUUCGGUACAAAGGGCAACCGAAAGGUCAUGGAUCCUAUUGACCAGAUUGUGCGACGGGUGGUGAAGGCCGUCAAUGUGUUUGUGGUAGACAUUGACGUGCGGGUUGGGAAAGGCACCAUCGCGGAGGGCUUCACGAUGAUUGUAACAAUCUACGAUGCCCAAAAGAGGACCCAGACAGUUCACAUGAUUCGCAGUUUGUCGGAGGAGACCACAAAGCGCAACGCUCUGAAUGGAAUACUGUACGGUGAGGGCACCUCCUCCAUUUCGCUUUUUGUCCCAACAGCCCGCACAAAGUCGGCGCAACUUCUUGCCUUUGCCCGGAGCUGUCGUCCAUCAUGUCCGUUCUUUGCCGCGGAAGUAUCAAGUUUGGCGCAGUUUUUUGCGGGAACAAAAGUUGCGGCAGGCCUCGACGAUGAGAAGGAUCCACGCGCCACGUGGGCGAGAAUUCGGUCCAACUGCUUCCCAGAAAAUAAAUCCCGGAAGGAAGAGGAAGCUCUCGAUCGAAAGCUUCAGCAGGGCUUCACAGCGCUCGCCAAUAAACUUUUUUCAGACCGUUUACACCGUGUUUCCCCGGCGCUCAUGUCGGCCGUGAGCACCAUUCCCCCACAGGAGGAAAUUCAAAAGACAUGGAAGCGCGUCGAGCGAUUAGAGGAGGAGUCGCGCAAAAAUCCGGUUCCGCACGUGACAACGUCUGCAUUUCUGAACAAUGUGAACGUCAAUGACGCCGAGAUUGUAUUUCGGCUUCAGCGAUGGCGCUCAAACAUUUACGAAAAUCCUGACAGGCUUGAACGGGAGAAGAAUGCACUAGAUAGCUUGAAGCGUUAUUUGGUGCUUGAUCUCGAAACGACCACAGUGCGGCGGUACAAGCGUGUCGCGAAUCCCUUCACGAAGGAGAAUUACGUUGUCCUUUCGGGAGCCCGUGAUCACACCGGAAAGGUGUUUAUGGCAGGUCGUUACUUUAGCCGAAACAUUGCGUUGCGGUACGAUGACUUUGAGGUGACCAGCACGUGUGACCUUGUGGACGGAUCAUCACAGCACUCCCUGUUUUUACCGCCUCUCGAUGACUACGAUGUAAUUGUCGGCCACAACAUUAAAUUUGACUUGCUACACAUCUGGCGGGAUGCGGAACUUCGUCGUUUUCUCAGCCGAGGUGGGAAAGUAUGGGACACGAUGUACGCCGAGUAUUUGCUCACUGGCCAUGAGGUGAAGCUCGGCCGCGGUGCCGGCCUGGAGGAUAUUGCAAAGUCAUAUGGUGGCCAAACCCCAAAGUUAGAUGCCGUGAAGGAAGCCUGGGCAAAGGGUAAAGAAACGUACGAGAUUCCGUACGCAUUGCUGUCUGAAUACCUGCAUGGCGAUCUGGAGAAUACGGAACUCAUUUUCCGAAAACACAUGGAACGUGCUCUCCUGCAAAGACAAGUUAUCAUAUGUACCGCACGCAUGGAUGGCCUUCUUUGUACGACAGAGAUGGAGUACAACGGUCUGAAAACAAACGUGCAGCUUGCUGUGACACAAAGCAAUGAGCUCAUGGGGAAAGUGGUGGAGCUUCGGAAUCAUCUUGAUGACGCCAUUCCUAAGGAAAUUCCUCCCGACUGUCGCAAGUAUUUCAACUGGUCAUCCAAUCAGCAUCUUAUCGCCUUUUUCUUUGGUGGUAAAUUAAAGCUGAAUACAAACGCCCGCGAAAGCAAAACUUUGCCUGGGGAGGCAUUUGACCGCCACACACUUUACGUCCCGGCCGAGGAGUACAAGGCGGACCGCUUUCCAAAAGGGGUCUUUCUCCGCCCACCGGUGCAUGUGAUUGGCCCUGCAGACUGCCUUAUCACAACUGGCGGUUCACUGGACAAGGGCACGAAAUUAUUCAAAACAUACUAUGAGACAUAUGUGAAACAGGCUGGUUUUCGUAAGAGUUCUUCCAUAGCAGACUCACUGAGUCGUGAGAUGGUUGCCGUAUCCAGGACAGAGUCCACCAAACGGAGUGAACCUGAGGCCCUCGCCAAUUUGCUUCCCAGGCGCCAUCUCUUUUUUGUCGCAGCGAUCACUCCCACCGUGGAAGACACAAUUGGAAAAUUUUUUAUCAAAAACGCUGUGACCGGUGAAUCACUGACGAUUUUAGCGGAUCAUAAAGAGAAGGCCGCCCGGAUUCGUGCUUUUAUAGAAGAGCAGGUAAAGUUACAUACCGAAAUGUUGCUUCCCGCAGAUGAGGAAAAUGACUCUUCCUCAUCUAGUAUCAGCGCCUUUGCGGAUGCUCACGUAACUAUUCUGGCCAGAGAUGCCCCCUUCUCCUUCACACGCCUUAUGCACUCGGAUCCGGGUAUUAGGGAGUACCUGGCGUCGCACGACGGCCUUAGCUCCGUACCGGAGCCAAAAGAUCGUUACGUAAUUAGUUUAGCAGACACCGUUUCUAUAAUUUCAUAUUACCGACACAUGUACGGUGCUCAAACAGAGGCGGCAUGGAGGUCUCGCGGUUCCACAGAUGAGUCGAAACUCGUAUAUCCCUUACGGGCAUUCCCAUCCCCUGGUCCCUCCAAGAAUGCGACGGCGGAUGCGUUUAAAACCAAAUUGUUGCAAGAGGCAGCCAUGAAGUUAGAGGAUUGGUGUAAUUACUACAUCGAUGUUUUUCUCCACAUUGGUAAUGCUGCAUUGCAAAGCGAGGCAAUGGAACCUGUGGUUACUGCGAAAAAAACAAGAAAGUCAAAGAAGAAUAGUGCCAGCCGAGGGGCAUUCAAUCUUCCAAUUCUCCUCCGUGACCGUCAGGCAUUUGUUGCGUAUCAUAACUCACUACCAAAUGAUGAGCGUCGGCGAUUGGCGUUGAUGACAAUGAUUGGCAGGACAUGUGCUUCCGUUUACGAUGCCUUUGCGGUACAGUGCUCACAUGACGAUGUAGUGGAAGUGAUGAUUCGUGGACGUCUCUCGACGUAUGUGCCGAGUCAACUUGAUGCUGAACAAGUGAUGCGAAAGUUCCGAAGUUCAACAACGCGACAGUUGCAAGUAGGGGAAGACUCGCUGAAUUACUUUAAAAAGACCCACGGAGAUAAGACUGCCGAGACAAUUUUGGAACUACGGACCAUGGAAAAACUCAUUGGAACAUACUACGAAAAUACAGAUGACGGCACAGGAAUGGUUUCUCUUGUGCACAGUGUGGACAGCUGCAUUCACCAUGAGCUUAUACAUAAUAAGACAAACACAGGGCGUCUUGCGAGUGCCAAUCCCAACUGCCAGAAUAUUCCAAAAGAAGAUAAGUCGCCGCUGCGAGAGAUGUUUGUUAGUCGUUAUGGGGAAAAAGGAAUGUGCAUAGAGGCGGAUUAUUCCCAACUGGAGGUUGUUGCGUUAGCUGUUCUUGCGGAUGAUUUUCAAAUGCUUGAGGACCUUCGUUCGAAUGUGGAUUUCCACUGUAAACGUGUGGCCAUGAUGCGUCCUGAUCUCCAGUACACAGAAGUUUUACUGAGAGCGAAAAAGAACAAGGAACCGGAGUUUGUGAAACUACGCCAGCAGGCGAAAAUAUUUUCAUUUCAGCGACAAUACGGGGCGGGUGUAAAAAUGAUCAGUCAAAGUACAGGUUUGACCCAAGAUCAGGUGCGUAACCUUAUUGAAAAGGAGCGGGAGACAUACCGUGGUGUGGAUGCGUUCAACAGUAUGGUCGCCUUGUCCGCGAACAACUUUGAUGCCUCCAUUCAAGAUGGUUCACGCAAUGUAAGAGGGCACCAGUUUUUUAAAGGAAUGUUUCCCGUGAUUACUGGAAGCCGUUACGUGUUUACCGAGUCUGACGUGCCGGAGGGUAUAAUGCGGGAGAAGUCGAUGUCUGCAAAGUCUACAAAUUUUUCCCCAACACACCUUAAAAAUUAUCCCGUGCAAGGAUUUGCGGGAGAGAUUGUGCAGAUUAUGUUGGGCAUGCUGUGGCGACACUUUUUAAGGAACAACAACUACAAUGGGCUUGCAGUGCUCACCAAUACGGUGCACGAUUGCGUGUGGAUUGACUGCCAUGCCGAUAUAUUCCUGCAGGUCGCGGAUGAAGUGGAGACAAUCAUGAGUAACGUGCGAGAGGUUCUUAACCGCCUCUACCCGGAGAUGAAUAUCACCGUAGACUUCCCAUGUGAUGUAGUUGCCGGUGAGAACAUGGGUGCACUGCGCCCCAUUGUCCGUGAGGAAACGCUGUAA